GGGUAAAAGGAAUCAGGACCCAUAUGCCAAUGGUCUAGGAUGGCCAGUGAAGGCUCUAACAUCCCCAGUCCUGUGGUGCGGCAGAUUGACAAGCAGUUUCUGAUUUGCAGCAUAUGCCUGGAACGUUACAAGAACCCCAAGGUACUUCCCUGUCUACACACUUUCUGUGAGAGGUGUUUGCAGAACUACAUCCCAGCACACAGUUUAACACUGUCUUGCCCUGUGUGCCGCCAGACUUCCAUUUUGCCAGAGAAAGGGGUUUCAGCACUCCAGAACAACUUCUUCAUCACAAACCUGAUGGAUGUGCUGCAGCGAACACCAGGCAGCAAUACUGAGGAGUCUUCCAUCCUGGAGACAGUCACAGCUGUGGCUGCAGGAAAACCUCUUUCUUGCCCAAAUCACGAUGGAAAUGUGAUGGAAUUUUACUGCCAGUCUUGUGAGACUGCCAUGUGUCGUGAAUGCACUGAAGGGGAACAUGCUGAACACCCCACAGUCCCCCUCAAGGAUGUGGUCGAACAACAUAAAGCUUCUCUCCAAGUCCAGCUUGAUGCUGUCAACAAAAGGCUCCCAGAGAUCGACUCUGCACUUCAUUUCAUAUCGGAAAUCAUCCAUCAGUUAACCAACCAAAAGGCUAGCAUUGUAGAUGACAUUCAUUCCACCUUUGAUGAGCUCCAGAAGACUUUAAAUGUGCGCAAGAGUGUGCUGCUGAUGGAGCUGGAGGUGAAUUAUGGCCUUAAACACAAAGUCCUUCAGACCCAAUUGGACACUCUGUUGGAGGGACAGGAGAAUAUCAAAAGCUGCAGCAAUUUUACUGCUCAGGCCCUCAACCAUGGCACCGAAACAGAAGUCUUGCUAGUUAAGAAACAGAUGAGUGAGAAGCUCAAUGAACUCGCCGAUCAAGACUUUCCCCUGCAGCCCCGGGAAAAUGAUCAGCUGGAUUUCAUUGUAGAGACUGAAGGACUUAAGAAAUCUAUUCACAACCUGGGGACUAUUUUAACCACCAAUGCUGUGGCCUCUGAAACAGUUGCUACGGGCGAAGGGCUGAGGCAGACUGUGAUUGGACAGCCUAUGUCAGUUACUAUAACAACCAAGGACAAAGAUGGGGAGCUGUGUAAAUCUGGGAACGCCUAUAUCACUGCUGAACUGAGUACUCCUGAUGGGAGUGUGGCAGAUGGAGAAAUACUUGACAAUAAAAAUGGUACUUAUGAAUUCUUGUAUACUGUACAGAAGGAAGGAGAUUUUACCCUCUCCCUGCGACUUUAUGACCAGCAUAUUCGAGGCAGCCCAUUUAAACUUAAAGUCAUCCGUUCAGCAGAUGUGUCUCCCACCACUGAAGGUGUCAAGAGGCGCGUAAAAUCUCCGGGAAGUGGUCACGUAAAGCAAAAGGCUGUGAAAAGACCCGCAAGCAUGUAUAGCACUGGAAAAAGAAAAGAGAAUCCAAUUGAAGAUGACUUGAUCUUUCGAGUAGGCACCAAAGGAAGAAAUAAGGGAGAAUUUACAAAUCUACAAGGGGUAGCCGCAUCUACAGCAGGAAAGAUAUUAAUUGCAGACAGCAACAACCAAUGUGUGCAGAUAUUUUCCAAUGACGGCCAGUUCAAAAGUCGUUUUGGUAUCCGGGGACGGUCUCCAGGCCAGCUGCAGCGGCCAACAGGAGUUGCUGUUCAUCCCUGUGGGGAUAUAAUCAUUGCAGAUUAUGAUAAUAAAUGGGUCAGCAUUUUCUCUUGUGAUGGGAAGUUUAAGUCAAAAAUUGGAUCAGGAAAGCUGAUGGGUCCAAAAGGUGUGUCUGUGGACCGCAAUGGACACAUCAUAGUGGUGGACAACAAAGCAUGCUGUGUCUUCAUCUUCCAACCCAAUGGGAAAAUCGUGACCAGGUUUGGUAGCCGAGGAAAUGGGGACAGGCAGUUUGCAGGUACACUCGAUGGUCCUCAUUUUGCUGCUGUUAAUAGCAACAAUGAAAUAAUUGUUACAGAUUUUCAUAAUCAUUCAGUCAAGGUAUUUAAUCAAGAGGGAGAAUUUAUGCUAAAAUUUGGUUCAAACGGAGAAGGCAAUGGACAAUUUAAUGCCCCAACAGGGGUAGCUGUGGAUUCAAAUGGAAAUAUCAUUGUAGCAGACUGGGGGAACAGCAGAAUCCAGGUUUUCGAUGGAAGUGGAUCAUUUUUAUCCUACAUUAACACAUCUGCCGAUCCACUUUAUGGUCCCCAAGGGCUGGCCCUAACUUCGGAUGGUCAUGUUGUAGUGGCAGACUCUGGAAAUCACUGUUUCAAGGUCUAUCGAUACUUGCAAUAACAGCAGGUAUCUGAGUAGCCCUAAACUACUGUCCUGUACCAUAAACUGGA